AUGCAAACGCAACAGUCGCCUUUGUCAGUCUCUUUCGCAGUUGUUAUGCCCCCUCCCAUUGGCCAGCUCGACUUGUUCCAUCUUCGUUUUGCCCCCAUCCCACCCAAUCAGCCUCCUCGGCUCGGUCCGUCCGGUCGCCCACUCAGCCGGUGCCACAGUCUCUCUUCUGGCCUCGAAAGAGUUCGUGUCAACACAUGCAAAUGUCCUCUCAAACGUUUCAGUCCCGCAGUCGAGUAG